AAUUUUAUAAUUAUAUGGAGGAAAAGAAGAUUAGAAUUGAGUCCUCAGAGAUGUCGAAAGACAUGAUCAAUGUGGCAAUCCAAGUCGUCAGGAAAUUUGAAAAGGCAAAGACUGAAAAAGACAUGGCCAUUGAUAUCAAGAGAGAAUUUGACCUCCAGUUCUUCCCCACAUGGCAAUGAAUCGUAGGUAAAAGUUUCGGCUCAGAGAUUGGAUUUGAAGAGGAAAAUAUGCUCUACUUCUACUGGGGAGAGUACGCAAUCCUUCUCUGGAAAGCAGGUUAACUCAAUUAUGUGCAAAUUUUAAGCUAUUAAAACU